AAGAUAAAAACAAUCUUAGAAAUAAAUACCUGAAAUUACAACAAGAACAACAAAAUAACAGAGAUAAAGGACCAUCAAUAAUAACUGAAUAUAACAAAGACCCUAUAGAAAUAGGAAUAAACCAAGAAUCAGACUCACCAUACUUAAGACCAGUAACAAGUAGACCUGGAAUACCUA